GGAUUGGCCAGGUUCAGUCUACAUUCGACCGUUUAAACUGGAACUUGAUUGAUCUCAUCAGUACUGUGUGCUGAAUUCUGGUGCAACUCCCUGGGAGUUCGCGAAAGAGUGUUGUGAAAUAACUUUUCUCCUCAAGCAAAUCAAACGCUCCAUUGUCAAAAUGGUGAAGCUGUUGAUGCGGGCGGAUACCCACGUAUCCUUCACGGUUCCCGCGGAGGAUCCGGUGGCAAAGUGCACAUUUUCUCAGGUCCUGGCAGCGUUAUCGGUUUCGUUGGGCUCCAUGGUUGUAGGAUUUUCAUCGGCUUACACAUCACCGGCACUGGUUUCGAUGAUGAAUCAAAACAUCACAUCGUUCGAGGUUACAGAACAAUCGGGUUCAUGGGUUGGCGGAAUUAUGCCCCUCGCCGGUCUUGCCGGUGGUAUUAUUGGUGGACCGCUGAUCGAAUACCUCGGUAGAAAAAAUACAAUUCUUGCCACGGCUACACCGUUCAUCGUGUCGUGGCUUCUGAUCGCAAACGCCUCUCACGUGGCCAUGGUUUUAGUUGGUCGUGCCUUGUCAGGAUUUUCAGUUGGUGUCGCUUCGUUGUCUUUGCCAGUAUAUCUCGGAGAAACCGUACAGCCAGAAGUCCGAGGAACGUUAGGAUUGCUCCCGACUGCGUUUGGUAACAUCGGUAUUUUGUUAUGUUUCGUAGCCGGGAAGUACAUGGACUGGUCUCAGCUGGCAUUCCUCGGAUCGGCUUUGCCAAUUCCGUUCCUGUUGCUGAUGUUCCUCAUUCCGGAAACGCCCAGAUGGUAUGUUUCACGGGGUAGAGAUGAUCGUGCCAGGAAAGCUCUGCAGUGGCUUCGAGGCAAGAAAGCGGACGUUGAUCCCGAGCUGAAGGGUAUCAUCAAAUCUCACCAAGACGCCGAACGACAUGCUUCUAAGAGCGCCAUGUUGGAUCUUCUGAAGAAAUCGAACCUUAAGCCAUUGAUGAUUUCGCUCGGAUUGAUGUUCUUCCAACAGUUGUCAGGUAUCAACGCUGUUAUCUUCUACACGGUGCAGAUCUUCCGUGAUGCCGGAUCCACAAUCGAUGAGAAUUUGUGUACCAUCAUUGUCGGUGUGGUGAACUUUAUUGCCACCUUCAUUGCAACGAUGCUGAUUGAUAGACUGGGUCGCAAAAUGUUGCUGUACAUCUCAGACGUAGCUAUGAUAAUCACCCUUAUGACGCUUGGUGGCUUCUUCUACGUGAAAGCGAAUGGGCAUGAUGUGUCCCAUGUCGGUUGGCUGCCACUGGCUUCGUUUGUCAUCUUCGUGCUAGGUUUCUCACUAGGGUUCGGUCCUAUUCCUUGGCUGAUGAUGGGUGAGAUCUUGCCCGGAAAAAUCCGAGGUUCAGCUGCUUCCGUUGCGACUGCAUUCAACUGGUCCUGCACGUUUGUCGUCACAAAAACUUUCCAAGAUAUCAUCAGUUCCAUCGGAUCAGCCGGUGCCUUCUGGAUGUUCGGAUCGGUGUGCGUGGUCGGUUUGGUGUUUGUGAUAGCAUACGUUCCGGAAACGCAGGGUAAAUCCCUGGAGGACAUUGAGCGCAAGAUGAUGGGUCGCGUGAGAAGGAUGAGCUCGGUGGCCAACAUCAAACCGCUGUCGUUCAACAUGUAAAAGCAGUGCAAGGAGGUCGUCAAGGCCAUCGUGCCGCAACCAUCGGAUUGUUAACAGCUUUGAAAAAAGCAAAUACUUUCAUCAGGAACGUACAAACCUCCUCCGUGAACCUCAACAGAUGUUUCCAGCUAAAAGUAGAAACUCUGUUCAACAGUUGUUCGGGAAACAAAACUUAGGAACAAAAACGAGGACUGUACUCGAAAGAAUGCAACACUUUCUUGUUGUUGUGAAAAACUUUUGACUGCGUUAAUGAGAUAUUAUGGAAUUUUCCUUAAAACUAGCAAGUGCAGCAUUUGCUGAAAAUUUAUCGAGUGAUCAUAGAGAUAACUUUUUAACGACCGAUGAGGAAUAAGCCCCUAGAAACAGCUGCUGCACUUCCGCAGCUUUAAAAAAAUUGAUAAUUUGUUUAAGUCGAAUCUCACAUGCGAUCAAAAGAUUUCUCAAAGAAUACAUCGAAUACAGCACUUUUUUGAGUACAGUUCUUCCAAUAGGAAAAAGGUUCGAGAAUUGAUUCGAACUUUUGUUCCGAAUUCAGGACUAUACUAAAGAAUGUUCUGAUUUGCUACCAGAAGAUAGUAGGUGCCAAUAGCUAUGAGAUUUAAUGUGAUAUGAAUUUAGAAAAACAUACAAAAAUGAGAAAUGUCCUCCUAGAGGGUAGGUUUGUUAUACAGAAUCUUUUACUGCAAGAAUCGAAACAGUUUGCCUCAAUAGCAUACACUGUUACUAUUUAGAGUAGUUUCAAACUGCUGGCCAUCGUUCGGCAAUUCAAACCCAAAAAUCGUUGCAGGAAUAAAGCUAACAGCAACAAAAAAGUCAUUUUACUUCUUGUGCCUACUGAUGUUACUGAUAAGACACGAUAAGAGCCCUACGUUUGCCAGCAACUCCUCUAACAGGCAGCUAACUAACCGGACGCUAGUGAAAUCAAUGUAAAUAUAUUAUAUUCUUAGGCUUUGUUAAGCGACGCCAACGCAGUUAAUAAGUUCCUUCCGUCUGUACAGAAAACAGAAAACAGUAAACCAAUUAUGAUCAUGCUGGAUAUACAUAGAUUUCGUAGUGUAGGAAAAUGCCGAACAAUCAGGGCAAGGACAUUUGUACUUUCAACUUCGAAUCGUAUCGGCCAAAAUGCUAGACAUGACAGAUUGAAAUAGAGGUGAACCGAUUGAAAAUGCCAAAAAUUAGUUAUUAACGAUUAAAGUUUAGAAAAGUGUAUUUUAUUAAAUUAACAAUAGGUGACAAAUAAUAAAAAGGGACACUCACAAAAAAAAUGAAAGACGAUUAUUAUGAUUCUAAUUUUUUCCUCAAAUAAGAUGUUAAUUGUGCUAACCUCACAGUUUGAAAUGUAAUGAGAUUUGAUAGCAAGGUUAAAUUUUAUUUCAUAUACAGAUUCGCUAUCUGUUAUAUUUUAUAAAAAUAUGAAUUUCAGCAAUUUACAAUGUAGUUUAAUUAAUCAGCAGCCAGCAGGAAUCUAGCGAUUUGUGUCGGACAUUAGCAUAUAAAUAAAUGUAAUCAAUAUUCAAUGUGCGAUCAUAUUAAAAAUAAACUAUAAUUUAUAUAAGUA